GCUACGUCAAGCCAAACGGGAAUGACCGAAAUUACGACUGUACUCGCAGAGAGUCAUGCGCGCAUUUUAAUUCACGCAUUGUUGAUCUAGCGUGAUAAAAAUGGCGUCUACAUGGGAAAUACAUUUAACAGUUGUUUAUUUAAGCGUCUUGUUUGUCCUGGCCAAUGCACAAUCGAAACAAAUAUCCACGGAAACGGUUGUGUUAAAUGUGACAGCGGUUAGUGAAACUAACCAGACUAAGUACAGUGUACAGAUAAAUUUAAAUAUAGGUCUUUUGGACAAUGAAACGUUUAUUAAUGGAGCUCCUCUCAAGCCUUCAGGAGUUACAAGGAUGACAUGUCCCGUUUUAUUGUUGGAUGGUUCUAAUGUGAGCUCUAGUAAUCUGGCGGAUGGGUUGGUCAGCAGUGAGCUGAGGCUGAUGGUGAAUCAGUCAUAUGUUCAGAGUGAGGCUGGAGAGCAGCUUCUGUUACUCGUCCUGAGUCAGGAGAUAAUCCAGCUGGCAGAUGAAAAGGUCCAGCAGCCAGAUGUGUGUGAGGUGGAGAUCCUGUGGAACCAGAGCUCUGAGAAGAUCACACAGGUGACCAAUAUUUACCCUUCAUCAAGAAGCAAGCUCUAUGCCAUCCCACGAGAGAGUGACGUCUUGGUGACUAAUGCAUCCAUACGUAAUACAGUUGAAGACCAAGUGCUUAACACCACCAGCCACUAUCUACUCAAACAUGCAGAGACCACUCAGGAGGAGAUCGCAGCUCCGGGGAAACUUCCUGAAACACCCUUGCGGAUGGACCCUGAAACUCUAUAUGAGUCCAGAGAGGAAGAGGAAAGGACUUCAGAUUCCGUGCUGCUUGGGUCUCCUCUGAGUGGGUCCAUGUCCUCCUAUAGUGUGGCAUGUCAGUGGGUCAAGGGGCUGAGAGAUAAACUGAGGCGCUUCUGGUCUGAUUCUAUCCCAGUCUUCUUCUUGAUCAUGUGGGUAGUGGUGGUUGGUGUUGCAGGUUCAGCUGUCAUCAUUAAGAUCCUGGAUCUUCUGUUCCCCUCCUGUGAACACGGGGGAUUCUUUCAUUUGAAUCCAGAGACUCUGAUGCCAGAUGAUGAAAAACAGAGGCUAAUAGAUAACAUGGAGGGAGAAACAACAGAAAAAAGCAUUUUGAUAGAAAAGUGAUGGAUGGGUUCUCAUUAGUUCGGUUAUGUGGCUUUAUUUGGUUGACAAUACCAAUGAUUUCAAUGUAACACUUUAAAAGAAAAAAAAAUAUUCACCGACAUUUCCUAAUGAAACAGAUUUCUAUUUUCACAUCUGUGUCUGUUUAACAGCAUAAUCAGCAAAUUACUUUUUGUAUUUUUCACUACAUUGUGAGGUGGAACAGGUGCAUAAAUUGAAAUAAGCACAGUCCCUAAAAUAACCUUGGCUUUUUCCCACUAAAGUGUUUGUUUUAUGGUAAUACUAGGAAUUGCUUUGCCUGUUGUGUGGACAUGGCAUUGCGUCAAUACUGACAAUUAAAGGGCACAGCAUUCAAAAAAUGGACAAAUAAUCCAUUAAAGUUGAAGAACCAUCAAUAUAACUUUAACAGCUGAUUUUCAACUGUCCAUAUUAUUUAAAUGGAUUAUUUCUUAUUUCUCUGUUUUUAAAUGGCCUGUAUAAAACUCUAUGUUGCUUAAUGUUGUUUAAUGUUAAUAUUCAUGUUGCUUCAGAUAUUGCCCGUUAUGUUAAGCAUGCACACCAGCAAUACAUUUCAACUCUGACCUGCAUGAAUGAAAUGAAGAUUUGUACACUUGGGCCUGAGCAGUCUGUCAAAGUAUUCCCCAUCACAUCACAACGUUUCAAUAAUUUCAAGCAUUGUACUUUUAACAUGUUAAACAUUUCAACAGGAUGCUUAUAUUUCAUUGUUGCCGUCAUUGGCUGUGAAUGAAAUCAGUCAUUUUCUGUCAUUCUGACGCAUGUUAUGACGUUUUUCCUCACCGUUUGUUAGAAGAGUAAAUUCUGCACAAAUUAGUUUGUCUCAUUGAGUCUUU